AAACCAGACUCCAACCAGCUGAGCAGAUCAGCCAAUGACAGACGGGGGGCUGCGCAGUCGUAUUUCCAUGCGGCCUGUAUAAGAAGAGUCUCUCUGCUCUCAGCUUCAGUCGUUCCUACAGAGACGGAGAAAGAUGCCGGAACCAGCCAAGUCCGCCCCGAAGAAGGGCUCCAAGAAAGCGGUGAACAAGAGCGCCGGGAAGGGCGGCAGGAAGAGGAAGAGGAGCAGGAAGGAAAGCUACGCCAUCUACGUGUACAAGGUGCUGAAGCAGGUCCAUCCCGACACCGGCAUCUCGUCCAAGGCUAUGGGCAUCAUGAACUCGUUUGUCAGCGACAUCUUCGAGCGGAUCGCCGGCGAGGCCUCCCGCCUGGCUCACUACAACAAGCGCUCCACCAUCACCUCCAGGGAGAUCCAGACCGCCGUCAGGCUGCUGCUGCCCGGUGAGCUGGCCAAGCACGCCGUGUCCGAGGGCACCAAGGCCGUCACCAAGUACACCAGCUCCAAGUAAACACCUUCGUCAUCCAGUAACACACAACGGUUCUUCUAAGAGCCACACACUUAAUCUGCAGAGCUGCUCAUCCGCUUUCAGCUGACAUCUGGAGGAUCAAACUGAAAAUAAGUCCUUGUUUUAGUAACUUAAUGCAUU